CGAGUCAUUGUCUUUUGUCUCUCUUACAUUCUUUUCUGUAUAUAUGUCCAUCUGUCCUGGUGCGCCGUGCAAUGGUCACGCGCCGGGAUUCGAGCAAUGUCAAUGGCGAUGACCUCUGCAGCGGGAUGCCACAUGAGGAGAAGCCUUCGGCAGUAACGCGGAUUGGCGAAAAGACAUGCGAGAGCAAUAACCCAACUUCGCUGCCGGUGGAAGCGUCCGCCGAGACGGCGGAUGGGAGCGACUAUGUCUACCCGGAAGGAGGCCGUGAAGCCUGGCUCACCGUCUUCGGCGCGUGGUGCGCCAUGGUCGGCGGCCUGGGCCUGCUGAAUACCAUCGGGCCCCUACAGACCUACGUUUCUCGACACCAGCUUCGCGACUACCCGCAGAGUACCGUGGCUUGGAUCUUCAGCAUCUACCCCUUCGUCCUCUUCUUCUGUUCCAUCCAGAUCGGCCCGCUCUUCGAUGCGUACGGGCCCAAGUGGUUGACGUUCGCCGGGAGCGUUUGUGUUUUCGUCGCUCUGAUGCUGCUGGGAUCAUGCACGCAAUACUGGCACUUUGUCCUCGACUUCAGCAUCCUCUGUGGUAUCGGCGGCUCUCUACUGCUAACGCCGGGCAUCGCGGCGGUCGGUCACUUCUUCAACCGCAGACGAGGCUGGGCAACGGGCAUCGCCAUGACCGGUCCAUGCACCGGCGGCGUCAUCUUCCCCUUGAUCUUCCGAGCCACAUAUCCGAAAUGGGGAUUCUUCUGGGCGACGAAGAUCUUGGGGUUUGUGAUGUUGAUUCUGUUCAUCUUCGCGACCAUCUUCCUGCGCAGUCGAUAUCCCCGACAGAAAGUCACCAUCCGAAACAUCUUACCCGACUUGCGCAUCUUCCUCGAUGGCACUGGUUGCCUCGCAUUGUGCACCGCUGGCAUCUUCUUUAUGGAGCUCUCGAUCUUCGUACCUUAUGCCUACUUGACUUCUUUUGGCAUAUCGCAGGGCAUCUCCCAGAGCUUCAGCUACGACGUCAUCGCCAUCCUCAACGCGGCCAGCAUCCCGGGGCGCUUUAUUCCUGGUCUCCUGGCGGACAAGUGGGGGAGGUACAACACGAUGAUCGCCACCUUGCUCCUAUGUGUGAUCGUGAAUCUGUGCGUCUGGCUCCCCGGGUCCACCAUCGCCAACCUGUCCGCGGCCUCGACAGUCGCCCUCGUUGUCGUCUUUGCCGUCUUGUUUGGCUUCGCAUCGGGGAGCAAUCUGGGAUUGGUCGGGCCGUGUGUGGGCCAGCUGUGCGAGACGAAAGACUACGGCCGCUACUUCGCGACCAGCUACACCCUCGUCAGUUUCGCGACGCUCGUGGGCAUUCCCAUCGCAGGGAAUCUGAUUGAAACGACGAAGGGAAUGUACUGGGGGCUUAUCGUUUUCACCAGUCUUGGAUACGCAGCGAGUGCGGUGUGCUUCACGAUUGUCCGCUGGAUCAAGGUUGGACGAGGCGUGAAGGCCUUUUUUUGAUUGGUUGUACCUGCAUGAAUAGAUCCGAUCAGAAAUAUGUCAAGCCCUAUCGAAAGCAUCCUUCACGUUUUGUUCCUGUCCGAAGGGGGAGUCCUCGCACGCCGAACUUCGAAGAAAUGCUAAGGCAGUCAACAUGUACAGAUAGGUAAGGUGCUUUUGUGCUUGGCUUCCCGCAGAGGUCGCGAUCGAUUCACGUCUUCGUGAGCGUCGUGCGCAGAUCCACAAUGUUGGAGUAAUUUAUGGAUCUCCGAGCGCAACGACAGCCGUCAGCUUCCGAAGGAUGAAUAGACUUUUGCAGAAAGCGACACGACAGA